AUGAUUCCGCAACACCAAAAUUACAGGCUCUAUUUCGAUAACUACUUCACUUCCUUGCAUCUUUUGGAAUAUUUAGGAAAAGAAGGUAUUCUUGGGCUAGGUACUAUUAGAAGGAAUAGCAUUCCUGACUGCAAGCUGUCGUCAGAAAAAGAGAUUAUGAAGAAAGUUCGAGGAUAUUCUGAAAAGUACGUAGCUGAUAUCAACGGCAUCGACGUGUCAACGGUUGUAUGGAAGGACAAUAGCUUGUUACAUUGGCUUCCACAUUUGCUGGUCUAA